AUGGUUGAUAUAGCAGGAGUAGUUGUUCUGGCGGUCUUUUACCUCAUCAUUCUGGGGGUAGGAAUAAUUGCAGCAAAAUUUUCUAAGACGGAGGGGGCCUCCGAGACAGAACGAUCGUUAGUAGCUGGUAGACAACUGAAUCUCGGAGUCGGUAUCAUUUCAAUGGCAGCAAGUUAUAUCGGUGGCGGAUUCUUGAAUGGAUAUGCUGAAUCUGUGGCUAGGGAUGGAGUAAUCUGGAUGUUAAUGCCCGUUGGGUUAACGCUGGCACUUUUCAUCUGUACAAGCCUUAAUGUAUUAAUUGGAUUGGAUUUUGUGUUGUCUGUGGUUGUAUCUGCCGUGAUCGCCGCACUAUACACUAUGAUAGGACAGAUGAUAGCUGUUGUAUAUACAAAUGUCCUAGAGUUGGCUUUCAUAGUCAUUGGUUUGGCGAUAGCAAUACCAUUCGCUGCAACAAAUGAAAAUGUCGACCUGACGUCACUCAGUGAAACACCAGAUAGAUGGCUUGGCACAAUCGAACCGAUACAGAUUGCAUCGUACAUAGAUCUUGUUGUAGUACUAUGGGUAAUCGGAAGUAUACCAUGGCAUAGUAGCAUUCAACGGUUCUUGUCAGCAAAAUCGGUUAGAGAUGCAAAGAUAAUGGGGCUUGUUGGAGGAAGUCUCUUUACUAUAAUUGGUGUAGCUCCAAUUACUAUUGGUGUUAUAGGACUUGCGACGGACUGGAACAAUACAAGUUAUGGUGAAGAUCCUAUACAAGGAAACAAGACAAGUAUGAUACUGCCUUUGGUGGUGUACCAUCUCACCCCUAGACCCGUUGCAGUCAUAGCCUUAUGCUCCUUGGUGGCUGCAGUGAUGUCAUCGAUAGAGUCCAUGAUAUUGGGAUCCAGUGGGAUGUUUACACAAAACGUCUAUGUAGUUAUCAUUCAUAAAAAGGCAUCAGCGCGGGAAAUAAUGUGGGUACGGCGAAUAACGAUGUUUGUAUUGGGUGUUGUCUCGUCGAUAAUUUCAAUAUAUGGAGAAAACACUGUCAUUGGAUUGUAUUAUGUAUGUUCAGAGAUUACCAUUGUGGUUAUAUUUCCCCAACUUUUAUGUAGUAUGUACAUUGAAGUUGCCAACGGGUACGGUGCCUUAUUAGGCUCUGCUUUGGGAUUAGUACUUCUCUUCGGAAAGGGAAUUCCUUCGUUAAAUCUACUCGCUUUCAUUCCUUAUCCACCAUAUGACAACAGAGAUGAUAUAUUUCCCGUGAGAAGUCUGAGUGUAAUCGUUACCAUCUUGUCCACAGUUGUAAUCUCCUGCGCUACAAAAAUGAUGUUCACGAAGAGACUCUUGGCAAGAAAAUUGGACAUUUUGAAUCAGUUCACUAAAGUUGAUCUGGAGAGAGGAGCGAAUGACGAAAAUGAGCACAGCAUACGUUGUUAUGACAACCCUUUAAACAUUACAGAUAAUACCAAACUUUGAUCAUGUACUUUAACCUUUUUGUUGCAGCUCACACAAACAUUAUACAUGAUAUAUUUGUAUAAGUAUAGUAUACCAUACAAUUAUUACAAAUUUUAAAA